UCUCGUCUGACCUCGACGACGACGACGACCAAUCACCGUCCUCACCCACCAUCAGCAUGACGACGGACGUGGCUUCGCUCAGAGCAGAGGGCAACGACCUCUUCAAAGCCAAGUCGUACUCGGCUGCCCUGGACAAGUACAAUGCUGCCAUUGAUGAAGAGGAGGCGCAGCGUAUUGCCAAUCUCAAGGCGCAGGCGCAGCCAAAGGAGAAUGGGCAUGCUGCUCCCAAUGGUGAUGGACCCAACGGACAUGCCGAGCCAUCUGCUUCUUCUUCCUCGUCGGCCUCGCCCAGCGACGGCUCCCUCUAUCUUAAUCGCGCCGCCGCCCUCAUGGCCCUGAACCGCCACUCAGACGCCGUCCACGACUGUCGCAAAGCCAUUGAAGUGCAGGAGGCCAGCAGCGGUUCUGCCACCACAAAGGCACAGCUGCGCUUCUGUCGUGCCUCGAUUGGCUGCGGCGACUUUCCCUCAGCUCGAAGCCGGCUGGACGAGCUCCUCUCGCCAACGGCCUCGACUCCAGAGGAAGAGCGAGGAGCAGUCGAGACCCUCUCUCAACAGCUGCGCAGCCUCGAAGCGCACUGGGAUGCUUUGAUCCGAGAUGUCAAGGCAAAGGAGCCACGCAUGGCCUCGAUGGCAAUGGACAAGCUUCUUGCCUCCACUGGCCUGGUACCGUCCCCACCAACAUCCUGGCGCGUUGCUUCCAUCUCUCUCCUCUUCCUCCGCAACGCUUCCUCCCUCCAAACGGCAUCGAGCCGCGUCACCGACCUGCUUCGUUCCAACCCUUCUGACUCGGAGAUUCUCCUGCUGCGUGCCCGCAUCCUCUUUGCCCAAGGAGAUGUAGCCAAGUGCGUGCAGCAUGCCCAGGCUGCCCUGAGGAAUGACCCGGAUCUGAGGGAUGCGCGCGACUUGAUGAGGCUGGCGAGGAGGAUCGAGAAGAUGAAGGAUGAGGGGAAUAAUGAGGCAAAGAGCGGCAAGUGGGAGGCGGCCAAGGCCAAGUACACCGAGGCGCUCAAGGAGUUGGGGGUAAGCGAUGGCGAGGCGAAUGGGGAGCAAACGAAUGGCGAUGCCGCAGAGGCUACGACCUCGUCGGGUGAUUCACUGUCCACGCUCCUCUCAAGCGUCACCGCCCCUACAACGGCCGGUGGAUCACGCAUGCUCCGCGCGACCCUCUUCUCCAACCGUGCCACCGCCAACCUCAAGCUCAAAUCCUACUCACCAGCACUAGAGGACUGCGACACGACCCUGUCCCUCGACUCGUCCUACCUCAAAGCCCUCCGCACACGCGCCCGUGCCCACCUCGCCCUCGAUGACUUCGAGUCCUCAAUCCGCGACUUCAAGCAGGCAAUCGACUCCAUCUCCCCCGCUUCCGACCCCGACCCGGAGGGAACGGCUCGCGGGUUGCGUAAGGAGCUUCAGCAGGCUGAAAUGCUUCACAAGCGCAGCUUGCGCAAGGACUACUAUAAGAUCCUGGGUCUGAAGAGGGACUGUGAGGACUCAGAGAUCAAGAAGGCGUACAGGAAGCAGAGUCUCUUGCAUCACCCCGACAAGGGAGGGGACGAAGCCAAGUUCAAGGAUAUUGGCGAGGCGUACAACAUCCUGAGCGACCCGACGAAGCGUAGACGGUACGACUCGGGCGCCGAGGAUCCAGAGAGUGAGAGCCCCUUUGCGGGAGGAGGUAUGGGUGGCAUGGGCGGCAUGGGGGGAAUGGGAGGUGUCGAUUUGAGCGAGCUCUUUGGUGCUGCGGGAGGGAUGGGUGGUAUGGGAGGAAUGGGAGGUAUGGGUGGUAUGGGCGGGAUGGGUGGAUUCCCCGGCGGUGGUGGGGCGAGCUUCAGUAGCGGAGGCGGUUUCCCUGGAGGAGGUGCUAGCUUCGGCGGUGGUGGCAGGAGGGGAGGCCACCCUGGUUUCAACUUCGGAUGAGCAGUCGAGACAGGCGCUGUACGAUAUGCCCCGCUUGCCUAAUAGAUGGACAGACAUUCAGAGA